CCCCGUGGUCCGCCUAGAAAACGGCAACCGCCCAGAAAGGCGGCCGUCGCCGUCGACACACCACAAUCUUGCCAAGAGAAGAAGAAAGAAAAAAGGAAGGAGCCCAGCCAGCACAUUGCGGCUCUUUGCUUUCGCGCAGCGACCCAGGCUGUCUUCUGACCAAGGGCGCCCUCCUCGCCCACCCUGCCAUUGAGCCUGCCGCCGCUGCCUUUUCCAUCCCGCGUUUUCCUUGCACCAACUCAUUCCUCGACACGACCGCUGUCAUUGAUGCUCUGAGCAAGAGGAUGGUCCAGCGUCAAUCCUUGACGGCCCCCUCUCGAGCCUUAGCCACCAGGCCUUGACUACACUGUCGCUGCUAGCUUCCUAUUGCGCCUGUCGAGUCUGUUGCGCCUGUCGAGUCUGCCUUGGAGCACGGUGCUGUCCCUUUCUAGACCCACGCCCCCCUACCCAAAUCCUCCUUUUCCGCCUGGGCUGGUGAUCUCUUGAUCUUGCCCGCACGCUCAAGUCGACUCAACCCACAGCGUCGCGCCCGAGCCAUCUCGCGCCACGUCGCUGUUCGGUUAUUCCGUCUCAUUUUGCCUGACCACGCUCCUGGCAUUUAUUUCCUGCCUAGGCCCAGGCUUUCUGGCGUUCGUCGCAAAGGCGCGCUCCCUGCUUCUUGGCCCCACCCGUCGGGCUGACAGCGUCCAUCUCCCGCCCUCCAGCUAACUGCGCAACGGCGCUGUGGCUUGCUUGUGCAGUCCAAACGACGUCAGCCGUAUCGCUUCCUUUUUAACCCCUCCAAGGCCACCACCACCGCCGCCACGCCUACGAGAGAAAACGCAAGCCUGCUGCCCUGCUGCCCUGCACGACUGCAUCUGUCCUGUCCAGUUUGACGCCCGUUGUGCUGCGCCCCUGAACAUUCUUUUCCUUCCUUCAUCUACUUCCAAACGUCCCUUCCACCCCCCACAUCUCUCCCUCGACCAUCACGCGCCACCGCCACUCACUUGCCCACUCACUUGCCUUUUUCCCCAGCCGGGCCUUUUCCGUGCCUUGUCGCCGAAACGGUCGAUAAGAUGAACGGCAGCGGCGCAAACGCGGCAUCGCCCGCUCACUCGAUGCCGGGUAGCCACUCGCGGCCCGUGCUGGGCUCUGCUCAGGGGCCAGAUAAAAUCCCCAGACAACUCCAGAACCAGCAAAUGGGCAUGCCUGCUAGCAUGCUCGACUUCUAUGUGCUCCAGCAGGAUGGCCCAUAUUUUGCCGGUCUGAGAUCUCAGCGGCAGAGCCAAGCGCACUUGGGGAACAUUACCGGGCUACCCCCGGCUUUCCACCAAUAUCGGACGACAUUCACUCCCUCCGAGUCCUCGGUCGUUCCUCCCAGCAACGCGACAGACUCGGGGUACGGGAGCGGUCAUCGCCCCAGCGUCGGAAUUCCCUCGACCUAUGGAGGGGACGCGGACCAUUUGACCGACACCCAGAGCGUGACGGGCCGGAUGGAAGAUCUGUCCACCUCCAACCUCUCCAACUUCCCUAUCGACCACAGUUCCCAACGGAGCGCCAACAUCGCCAGCUGGAGCCAGCCCGAUGAGCGACUGAUGCCAAACAACGGCAAUAAUCAAGUGCUCGACGCCAAUGAGUGUCAUCUUUGCCACGAAAAUCACAGGACACCUUCAGACCUGAAAAAACACAUAGCCCGCCAUACGAGGCCGCACCUUUGUCAGGUAGCCAAUUGCCCGCGUACCCGGGGCUUCAGCACUGCCAAUGAUCUGGCACGACACACCCGCAGCAGACACCCAGAUAUCAAUGCCCAGGGGCAUUUUUACAAGUGCAAACUGGGGCUCUGUGCGAAUGGGCGCAAGCUUUGGCCUCGGGCUGAUAACUUUCGGCAACACUUGGUGAGGAAGCACGGCUAUCUUGCCACUACCGAGAACAUCGACGAGUUCAUUUGCAGCGUGGCAGAGCCGGCAGCCGAGUCCAGUGGUAACAAUCCCGUCGGCAUGCACACCACUGAUGUUGGCUCGGACCCCGUCGCAAUCCAAUCGCUUGCCUCGCGCGCCCUUGGGACCCGAGUUGGCCUGGAAGUCGGUCAGACUGACAGCCGUAUGGCCGAUCCCAACCUGGAUUUUUCUCACCAUGACAGCUCCAUGGUUGGCAUCCAAUUCUCUGGAAUGGCCCCGCCCACCGACAGUGCAAACCAGGUCGAACUUCGCCACUCGGAUGAUGGGCAGGUCAUGCAUUCCAGACGCGAAGACCUCCACCAAGAUCUCCACAUAGACUCUGCCUUGCCGCAAGCACCAUAUCCCUUCUCGAGAUCCGACGCGCUAGAAACGUGGUCUGGAGACGAGCCGGUUCGAAGUUCUACCCCGGAGCCUGCCCUGGCCACUGGGAACCCCCACAUUACAAUUUACCAAGAUGGACAGUCGAGCAGCCGCCUCCAGCUCUACCCUCCUGUCGCCACUGGUCUAUCAAGCAGUGGGAGGCUCUCGGUAGGCUCCGAGGCUGACCCAAAUCAUGACACUUUUGUGGAUCUGGACGAAGAUCGCGCGUCCGAUUGCCAGCCCACGGAUCCCCACGACGAUCAGGAUCUUCCCGACGAGGACGACAGUUCGGUAACCAAUCCCGAGACAGAACCUCGGUCAAUCCCGACCAUCUCGCUUGAAGAGGUUGCUCAGGAGCCUGUGCCAAGCCCGAUUGCCGAGAGCGUUCCCAAGAUGUCUCGCCCUACACCGAGCGAAGGCCACAGUACUGGCGCAAUGGUUCCCCUGGAAUUGGAGAACCUUCUCAAGCAGGUAGAGGAGACUGAUGGCCCUAGAACGCUUGACAAGAUCCUGGAGAAGUUCGGGUACGAGAAAUCGGGGUCAUCUUCUUCAAAGUCAAAGAAGUCGCCUUGCAGCAACAACAGUGGGGGCAGCGGGCCCAGCGUGGUUUGCAAGUUUCAGAAUUGUGGUGCAUCCUUCCACCGAGAGUGCGAGCUAAGGAAGCACAUGAAGCGGCAUGACAGGCCGUACGGAUGUACGUUCAAAGCGUGCACAAAACGAUUCGGCAGCAAGAGCGAUUGGAAGCGCCACGAAAACAGCCAGCACAGCCCAGUGGACGUCUGGAAAUGCGACGAAUAUGCCAGACCACUACCAGGUCGCAGUCCCAAUGAGCAGAGAUGCGGCAAGGUUUGCUAUCGGCGCGAGACCUUCAAGGCCCACCUCCAACGAGAGCACGGGUUUGACGUGUCCCUGUCCACCGGCAAUGCCCAUCGCGUCGCCGCAAAACUUGCAUCAUGCCGAAGAGGGGAGCAGGAUUGUGAAUCUGCAUUUUGGUGUGGCUUCUGCGUUCGCCGGGUCGACGCAGUCGAGAACGAUGGCCGCGGGACCGAGCGGUUUAAUCAUAUCGACGCCCACUUGAGCGGCCGAAACAUGAAGAUACGGCACUUUGACGAGUGGAGAUACGACGACCACGAUGGGCCGUCGCAUCUUGAUGCAGGGCCUUCAUCCGCCGCCCAAUCGACAUCAGGGGGUUCUGGGCGGUCCUUUACCAGCUCUCCGUCCAGCGACUCUUCUCGGGACAAGCGGCGUUCUGGGACCAACCACGAGGAGCACACAAGGCGCGCCAAGCGCCCAAAGGUCGGAGGAUCCUCAGUUUGGUUUUGUUGCGACUGCAACUAUUUCAACUUGGUAGCCCUCGCGGAUACCUGCGGAGGCGGCGGUUCCAACCCAGACUGCACACACUCUCGUUGCCCCAACUGUUCUGUCAUGGAGUCUCAUGCAGAAAUGGAUCUCCCCGAGGUGACGUGAAUGGUCUGGCCUCCUCUUGGUACUACUUUCCCUUUCACUGCCAUGAUGUAUCAUGAUAACGACGAUGACGGCGUUGACGAACUGAAGGAUUGUUUGGAUCACAUGCAUAUUUUAAUCGCUACCUCGUAUGUUGCUGUCGAGGGAUACAACCGUAUUUCUUUCUUGUCCGGUUUUUUUUUUUCCUUUCCUUCUCAGACGGCAGCGGUGGAAAGCAUGAUAUCCUCCCGGUUUUUCUUUGGUAUUUUCAGCAAUGCUUGGCCUGUUUCAAAAGCACUUCGUCGUCGGGGACCACUUGCUCAUCUGUCAUCUACGUCGAUUUUAUACGCAAAUAGUGACAAUCUUGUGGGUUACAAACAAAAUCCCCAACCUGUCCACGUCGCCGGGCACGACUGCCCGACCCCCUGCUGGAGAUAAUCAGCAUUGACGGCAAGCGUGCC